GAGACCGCGUUGUUAAUCGCCAACAAAAUUUUCAAUCCGCCCUUAAGCUGCGUUUAAACUCAAACCUACUAAUUUUUUCAACUGUAUUUUGUGUGUGUUUUUUUCUUGUGUGAUGGAAAAGCAUGACUCAAAGAACAAUGAUGAGAAAAGUCUGCAUUUUUGCAGAUUACGUGGAUGCGACCCUGGUGAGUCGUUUUUCAGGACGAUCGAGCAGCUCUUGGUUGAAUUUAUUUCCGCGAUGGCAAACGUGGCGAACCUUUGUCGCCUGUGCGGCACCAACACAAUCGGCAUUGUGCGGCACAACAUCUUCGAGGGCGAAGGGUUGGCCAAGAAAUUCGCCGACAAGAUCGCCGACUGCCUGCCUGUGAACGUGUCGAUCGAGGACCGUUUGCCGAAAAUCCUGUGCGGCGAAUGUUCCUACAAACUUGACCUUUUGAGCGAUUUUAGAGAUGUUUGCGUUAAGACUGAGACGUUGCUUCUGUCGUUGAUUGACGGCAUUAAGCAUGAGGUUUGCGAUGUUGAUGCUGAAGAAGAAGAGGUGAAAGGGGAGGUUGUCCAGAGACGAUCCUCGCGUCGGACAAGCCAGAAGCGGGCCUUGGAGGAAAUCGAGGAGAGUGAAAAAGAAGCCUCGGAGGAUGACUUUUGCAUGGACGACGGAGGCGACCGUGACGAUGACGACGAGGACGAAGAGUUUGUGGUGAAAACGCCUGCGAAAAAGAGGAGCAGGAAGAGUGGAGAGCCGAAGAAGCCUGAGAGCGGCGUUUGUGGCGCGUGCGGGGCUCAAACCAAGGACCUGCGCCGCCACACGAUCGCCAAGCACACGCGGGACUUUCCGGUCGCGUGUCCCGAGUGUCCGAAGCGCUUCGUCAGCCGCUCCGAGCUCAACUCGCACGGCCGGCGCGCGCACGGCGCCCACCGCAAGGAGAUGAGUCUGCUGUGCAAGUACUGCGGCCGCUCCUUCUCGCGCAAGCAGUACCUCGUCGACCACGAGCGCAAGCACCGCGACGAGCGGCCCUUCCAGUGCGCCACCUGCGGAAACUCGUACUACUCCAAGGUGCUGCUGAAGAGCCACGAGCGUGUGCACACGUGCUCGAGCUACUCGUUCGAGUGCGACCUGUGCCACAUGAAGUUCACGACGCAGACGGGGUGCCGGGCGCACCGGAAGCGCCACUUCGAGGAGAACCGGCGCUUCGAGUGUCCGGCGUGCGGGCAGCGCUUCUUCAAGCGCGCCACCAUGGAGGCGCACCAGGUCAGCCGCCACACGCACGUCAAGCCGUACGAGUGCGCGCUCUGCCGCAAACGCUUCCCCUGCAAGUACGACCUGCAGAAGCACAUCGAGACGCACCUGCGCAUCAAGUCGCAGGUCUGCGAGUUCUGCGGCGCCGCCUACUUCCGCGCCGACCACCUGCGCAGGCACAAGAUGCAGCAGCACCGCGAGCUCGUCCCCGCCUUCAGGAAAUCGAAGGAAAAGUUUCCCUGCGUUCCUGUCAAAGUGGAAAUCGUGGAGAACGAGAAGCUGGAGUGCUCCAAGUGCCAGAAAAUCCUCAAGCUGCGCCACCUGUGGAUUGCGCACGAAAAGCGACCCCACACUCACUUUUGCCAGACCUGCCUUCGGUACUUUGUGUCCUACAGGGACUACACCAGCCACAACUGCAUCUACAAGUGCACUUACUGCGACAGGAAGACCAAGUCGAAGGAAAAGCUGGACCUCCACAUUUACCGGUUCCACGAAGGCAACGAAAGGUUCGUUUGCGACAUCUGCAAGGACGAGUUCCGAACCAAGUCUAGUUUGGCCACUCACAUCAUUGCCAAAGGCUUUGUCCACACGCCCACUGUGACUUGGUGCGUAAAGUGCUGCGAAGACUUCAAAACUCCGCAGUGGCUGAAAAAGCACCAGUUGCGCGUCCACGAGGGCAAGAUCAUUUGUCACCAGUGCACGAAGACGUUUCCCACCAAGGAGGAGCGCAUGCGGCACACCAAGGAGAUGCACCCCAGGGUCAAGGAGAAGGUCAAGUGUCCCCAGUGCGACCUCAUCCUCAGCUGCAAAGGCGGCUUGGUCAAGCACGUCGACGUUGUGCACAAGAAGCUCCGGCCCUUCCUCUGCCCGGUUUGCGGGAAGAGUUAUCCUUUGAAGAAGUCGCUCGAGUUCCACAUGACGAUGCACACCGGGGAGAAAAAUCACGUGUGCAAAGUUUGCGGACACAAAUUCGCGCGGAUCGAGAAUCUGAAGCAGCACAUGCGAAUCCACAACAACGAGAAGCCGUACAGCUGCGAGUUCUGUGGACGGCAAUUCCGGCAGUGCGGACCCCUCAACAUCCACCGCCGGACGCACACUGGGGAAACGCCCUACGCGUGUCAUUUGUGUCCACAGAAGUUCAUCUCCAACAACCACCUGAAACUGCACCUCAAUAAUCAUCCCAAAAUUUUGGUCAGGACUGAACAGAAGCUGAAAAUCCACAUCAAGCGGUACCACGAAGGGAGCAAGAAAUUCACCUGUGACAUUUGCAAAGACGAACUUCAAGAGAAGAAAAAGCCAAGCCAAGGGAAAUCUGAUGAAAUCAAGAAUCCUUCAACAGAAAAGCCUGCCAAAACCAAUGAGUUUCUUGCCCCGGAAUUUGUGAGCUUGGCCGAGCCCAAGGUGGAGACUGUCCACGAGUACAACGUGAGCGCCAAAGGAAAUUUUGACUGCGACCAGUGUGGAGCCAAAUUCUCCAACCAGGGCUUUUGGCAGAGCCACUGCAGCCGGCCCCACCAACACCUGUGCAACCAGUGCGGCAAAUUGCGCAUCUCCCGAACGGCCGAGCACCUCUGCCGCCACCAAUGCGAAAAGUGCAAAAUCUACAUCGAUGGGAAAGAUGCGUUCACGGUGCACCAAGUCAAGUGCUACAUCAGGUCGUUCACCUGUGACCUCUGCGGCUUCGUGGCCUAUCGCCGGCAGAAAAUCACCAACCACAUCAAAAUCGCGCACUUCCUGAAAAUGGACGAAGAAUACAAAUUCAAGUCGUGCUGGUGUGAAAUCUGCAAGCGAAAAUUCAGCACCAGCUUCGCUCUGCAACAGCACAAGCUGCGGAAACACGAAGGGGUGCUCAUGUGCAGUGUUUGCUUCAAACGGUUCGAAACAAAAGAGGAGCGCCGGAAGCACGUUCAAGAGACGCACUCGAAGGAGAAGGUUUCUUUUGAAUGCCCCGAGUGCGGCAAGAAACUCUGCUCAAAGUUCAGCGUGAAACUGCACGUCGACAACAUCCACAGGAAACUCCGACCUCACCUCUGUCAAGUUUGCGGUUCUUCCUUUAUAACAGCCGGUCAUCUGAAGCUGCAUGUCAUGAUGCACACCGGAGAGAAGAAUCACGUCUGCAAAGAUUGCGGCCACGCUUUUGCCCGCAUCGAGAACCUGACGCAGCACCGGCGCAUCCACACCAACUCCAGGCCCUUCCUCUGCGACUUUUGUCCGCGCUCCUUCACCCAGCAGAGUUCCCUCAAGUGCCACCGACGCAUCCACACUGGCGAGACGCCCUACCGGUGCCAGUUGUGCCCGCAGAGUUUCCGCACCAAGCAGCAGCUCGACCAGCACGUCAAGUUCCAUCCUGCGGUUUAAAAUGGGGAAAAGGCUGAUUUUUUUUUUGUUCAAUUUAUUAAUAGGAACUUAAUACAGAAAAAUAUUAAAACAUAGUUUCAUAAAUAUAUUUAGAUUCAACUUUGAUAUCUUGGCACAGAGUUCAUCUUAUUGAGAUUGCAGAAUUCCAUAAUUCAGGCAGGCUGAGACGGUUGUUGAGGUUGUUGGCAGAGGUUUUCGAUUUGCAGCGGCGACGCCCCUCGAGUUUCAGGGACCCAGAGGCCGGCGGCCAGCGCCCCCAUUGCACAGCAGGCCGCGUACAAGCCCAGCACGGCCUGCACGCCCCCCAGCAGGCGCUCCAGGUCGAAGAAGGUCUUGGUGACGAGGAAGGCGGCCACCCAGCUGGCCGCCCCGGUGGCCGAGGUGGCCACCGAGCGGUGCUGCUGGGCCACCAGUUCCCCCAGCAGCAGGCUGGACACCGGGCCCAGGCCCACCGCGUUCGCCACCACGAACAGGCCCAGCCCGGCCAGCGGCCACGGCCCCCCGGGGCCGGCGGCCACGCCCACCAGGGCGGCCGCCAUGACGGCCUGCGAGGCCACCAGCAACACGCGGCGGCCGCACCGGUCCAGCAAGAAACAGGCGGCCAGCGUCGCGACCCACUGCAGGCCGCCGGCCACCACCGUGGCCGUUUCGGCCGAAACGGAGGAGGCCGUGGCCGCCAGCACCGGCUGCAGGUAGGCCAUGGCCGCCCUGAUGCCGCACAGCCGGCUCGACACCCUCACCAUGCCGACCAGCAGGAUCGGCUUGGCCGCCGCCCUCAACGCGGCCAGGCGGCCACCCCACGUGGCGGCCACCGGCUGCAGCCGCAGCAGCUCGUCCAGCUCCGCGUUCAAAUCCCAGUCGAGGCCUCGGAGACGCUGCAGGGCGGCCAGGGCCACGUCCAGCUUCUGUUUGGAGGCCAAAAACGAAGGUGACUCUGGAAUCAGGGCGGGCAGGAUGAUCCCGGGCAGGGUCAGCACCACCCCGAACCACGCCUGGACAAAUUCACAGACUCGAGGAAGAGGCUGGCCGUGUAGCAGGCCAGGGUGCCGGCGUUGAACAUCAGGAUGGGGAUGCAGCCGAGGGCGCCGCGGUGGCUCGGGUGCGAGAUUUCGCUCACGUACAGUUGCACGGCGUCGCCGAUGAUGCCCAUGCACACGCCAAACAACUAGAAAUUUGAGUUUUAGUAUUUUCAGGAAAUAAAAUACAAUUGGAUAAAAUAAAAAUUAUAAAAUCUAUUUUUCAAAUAAAUUUUUAGUGCGAUAAAAAAAUUUAUAAAAUUUUUGUUAAAUAAUUGACAAGAGCU